AGCUGCAAAUAUGUCUUUCUGUAAGGAUAUAUUUGGAUACAUUUUUUACUCUUUCGGGUACUUUUUGUACACAAUCUUAUGGGGUUUGAUGAAUUUCUAUCAAAAUUGGAUGUCUCCUCCAAGCACUAGCUAUGAAAGAAGUUGUGAGGUUCGGAACAUUAUGUGGAGACGCAAGUUUUUUAUGAUUGAUGUUGUCUCGCCCCGGGAUUUUAUCACGUGUCAUGAAAUGUUCACGGAUCCAGGAUACGUUCUUCAGCCGAACGUUUCUCUAUAUUGUUUGACAAAAGACUACGCAUAUUUCGUGGAAACACCGGCGUCUGUUGAUGUUUUCAACUCCGACACCAGUUCAUUUUUGUACAUAGGACAGUUUACUAACGCUUUGAAAGUCAUAAAAUUUCCUUUGGCUUCAUUUUGUAAACUUGCGGAUCGUCUCGGAAACCCAAAGGUGAAGGUUUGUUUCAUGCCAAACACAGGACGAUGUGGUAGUACAUUGCUUGCGAACGCUUUAGGAAAAGUUCCAGGGACCCUUCUAUACGCAGAACCAGACUGUUUAACCAACAUAGGACACCUUUGGAAACAAAAACACGUGACCCAGUCAGAGUAUGAGCGUAUGGUAGUUGCAACGAUGAGAAUUUUGUGUAAACCGCGUCAAGAAACGGAUACGAUUUGUAUAAAAACACGAUCUUGUGCAAGUUGUCAUCUAAAUACUAUCAAAAUGUUUUUCCCAGAAUUCAUUAUUAUAUUUGGCUACCGUAAUAGUUUAAAGACAGUGUCCUCUUUCCUGGGCUUAAUGUUGUCAGAAACUGCGCAAAGUUUGGCCAUGUACCUUAUCGAUAGUGAUACUUUCUCCAAAUAUAUUCCAUGGUUUCGUCGUCGAUUCUUCUACUAUUUCUGCUUCAUGCUUGAAGAAAACUUUUUCACCGAAAUCGCUGAUAAGAUGAAUACGGUAGAGCUUUUUACAUACGCCUGGGCUAAUUGUAUUAAAGUUAUACAAGAAUUCCUAAGCCAGGGUGGUGUACUUACGCCUAUUCUAUACGAAGAUAUGGACGCGAAUAAAGUUGCAACACUGGAAAACGUUUUUAAAGAAUUGGAUAUUGACAAGAAACAUGUCGCAGUUGCUCUAAAGGCGUUUACUGAAGAUUCCCAAGCUGGCAGCCCCCUAAGUAGAGAAAAUAUAAGCAAUUUGAAAAGAAGAAAAAUCAGUAGAGAGAAUAUUGUUAAAGCAAAUAUGAUACUUGCAAAGUUUGAUUUACCAAACCUUGGCGAAGAGUUUAGACUAACAAAAGGAUAGAUAUAUGCUUCUUAAUUGCUGAUAAUGUAAUUCCUUGUUUUGGUCAUGACGUCAUUUUAGUGGAUUUUUUAAACUGGUUUCACAGCAAUGGAGUUCUAACGA